CUGCGGGAGAGCCGCGAAACCGCCGCGGAGGGGGUGGAGCGGCACCAUGGAGGAGGAGGACGAGACUCCUCAGGGACAGCAGCAGUUGGGGAGGUGAGCGGCUCUCCGGCGGCAGGCAGCGCUCUGGGGGCGGGGGUCGCUGCCCCCGCGCCUCCCGUGGGCAGGGAGGGACUGAGCCGAGCCGAACCGAGCCGAGGCUCCUGUCCUGCGCCCGUCCGGAGCGGGAGCACCUGCCCGACCUUCCGCCGUCAAAGCCCAGCCGGGGAAGGGGAUCGGCAGUAGCGCGGCGCACCUGCUCCGAGCGCGGCGGCGGGGCUUGCUGGACAGGCGGCACCGGCGUCCCGCCGGUUCUCUUCAAACAGAUAUGGAUAAGAAAAUGGAUGAAGAGCAGCCUUUGACUCUGUGCAACCAGUACCCUAAAGAAGCAGUGAGAAAACGUCAGAAUUCAAGUCGAGGUUCCAGAGGCAGUGAUUCUUCCAGGGCCUCCAGGAAAAGCUUCAGGCUGGACUACAGAUUAGAAGAGGAUGUAACUAAAUCAAAGAGAGGCAAAGAUGGAAGAUUUGUCAACCCAUGGCCAACAUGGAAAUCACCAACCUUGCCAAAUAUUUUGAAAUGGUCCCUCAUGGAAAAAAAUAAUAGCAAUGUGCCAUGCUCAAAGCAGGAACUUGACAAAGAGCUUCCAGUGUUAAAACCUUACUUUGUUCAAAAGCCUGAACUUGCUGGGAAGACAGGAACUGGUAUGCGAGUCACGUGGCUGGGACAUGCCUCGGUGAUGGUGGAAAUGGAUGAACUUAUAUUUCUUACUGACCCAAUCUUUAGCCAGCGAGCUUCCCCUACCCAGCUGGUGGGCCCCAAGCGCUUCCGAGGACCUCCGUGCACAGUAGAGCAGCUCCCCAAAAUAGAUGCAGUCAUGAUCAGCCACACUCAUUACGAUCACUUGGACUACAACAGCGUGAUGAGUUUAAAUGCACGCUUUGGGAGCGAGCUGCGCUGGUUUGUGCCUCUGGGGCUCUUGGACUGGAUGCAGAGAUGCGGCUGUGAGAAUGUGAUUGAACUGGAUUGGUGGGAAGAGAACUGCGUCCCUGGUCACGAUGCAGUAACGUUUGUCUUCACCCCUUCUCAACAUUGGUGCAAAAGGACAGCGACGGAUGACAACAAGGUUCUUUGGGGCAGCUGGUCUGUCUUGGGACCUUGGAAUAGGUUUUUCUUUUCAGGAGACACUGGAUAUUGUGUUGCUUUUGAACAGAUAGGUAAAAGGUUUGGACCUUUUGAUCUUGCAGCCAUCCCCAUUGGAGCUUAUGAGCCAAGGUGGUUUAUGAAAUACCAGCAUGUGGAUCCUGAAGAAGCAGUAAGAAUCCAUAUUGAUGUUCAAGCAAAGAAGUCUGUAGCAAUUCACUGGGGGACCUUCGCUUUAGCAAAUGAGUAUUACUUGGAUCCUCCAGUUAAAUUGAAUGAAGCUCUGGAAAGAUAUGGCUUGAAAAAAGAUGACUUCUUUGUCUUAAACCAUGGAGAAUCACGGGACUUGAGUACAAAUGAUGGAUUUGAAUAAUGAAAGAGUAGCAGUUCCUUCUAAACCCUGUUUGAUUUGAACUAACAAUUAAUCAUGCAAGUAUUAAUAUGAUAUACUCACAAAGUAGAUAUUUUGGGGUGAAUUGGAAUUUUAGGUUUGUCAGUUUCAGAACUAAAACUUGCACACUGAUUUCAUGAUAAAUUUUACUAGUUACAUUGUCUAUAAAUUUUGAAAUGUGAUCUCAGAAAUGGUUAAUAUAUAAAGUAUUGUCUGGGAAUAACUUGCAGUUUCAACUUUUAUGUACAGCACUUAUAAAUUACUGGGUUUUUUUUAAAGCUCUUCUUGCCUGCAGCAGCAAUAAUAACCUCAGUGCAAGACAUAAUCUUAGAAUUAAUGGCUAAUUUGAAUUAGCCAUUGUUAGAAUGUCAUCUCCCACUUGUUCGUCAUUAAUCUUCAGGCUAUGCCCUGUACCUCGAUAGCUUCACCGUAUGUCUUGUGGGGUGGAGUCUUCCAAUACAGCUGAGUUGUUAAAGCACAAGCACAGUAAAAGAAUUAUUUUACUGACUGCUUCUACAUUUUCAUAUAUUGACAAACCACAAAAGCUGAAUUUUACAAUGAUCUAAAGCAAUGUGCCUUUUAAAUAGAAAAAGAAUUUAAUAUUGCAUCAUUGAUGUGUAAAACUUACUGCUGGCCAGAGUAUCUGCACACUUGCAUUGUUUUGUCAGUGUUUUAGAGUUGCGCCUGAAUGUGUCUAAAAUAACUUUAUUGUUAAAGGCAGAACAUGAAAUGGAAGAAUCCCUUAAUGGCAUUUGUCUUUACAUUGACUCAGCCUGUUACUAAGUACUGUUUAAAGUGAAAAGUUUAAAGCAAGGGCUGUGGUACUACUUUUUCUUAUAGCUUCCCUAUAAUUUUAAAGUUGAACGAGAGAUUACAACAUUGUUCAGUAUUGUGAGACUUGGCUAAAUAUAUCUGUAUCAAACUGCCAUGCUAAUCUACAAAAUUAAAGCCUACUGAUGCCAAUAAAAAGGGUUGUUAUUCUCCUUCAUAAUUCAUUGGCAAAUCUGGUUUUUGUUGUUCACGAUUUGGUGUGGUGUAUGGGAUAGGUGUAUUUUUUUAGUUUGCUCUUGCUGUGCGUUACAUUUUAUGUUCACACUCCAUGAAGAUAAAAAGACACAUUAUUUCCCUGCAAUUUCGAGACAUGAACUUCUGGCAACUAAUUAAAACCGGUUAAUGAGAUUUCAUGCUAGGAGCAAACAGAAGUAAUCUUUUAGCAGUUGGCAGUUAUCUUUUAGAAGUCUAUAUCGAGGAGUCUAAAGUCUCACAAAUCUUAAUACCAACAAAGAACAGCACAAAGAGGCAAAGAUCAGUUAGCCCAAGCUGAUGCUGAGGAAGAGUUCUGGAACAGAGGAUUGCACUUACAUGUAAGGAAAAGUACCUUAUAUUCCUUUGGUGGGAUUCAUAGUUGAGCAACAUCAAGACUUUUUUUUUUUUAAAGAAGUAAUUCUAGACAGUCUAGAUGUAUUCACCAGAAUUUGUUCAAACCUAAUUUAAAACUCCCCACAGUCAUUCUGUGUUGAUCUUGGGAGGGUAUUUCAGAUGCAGGCCUCUAUCAGGCCUUAUAUUUACACAAUAGCUUCAAUAAUGAUUUGAAGAAUAUAAAAUGCAUAUUACAUGUGGAGGACACCAAGCUGCAGAAUGUUUUGAGGACUUUGAAGGACAUGGUUAAAACUGAAAUUGUUGGGGUGGGGGUUUUUUUUGUUGUUUUUAAAAUCAUCUGUAGACUAUUCUGUAAAAUUGUGUACUUUCAAAAAAAAGAAUUAAAAUAAACCACAAAACACCAAGAUAAGCAGCCACAUAGCAGAGAAGUGCUCACUAAAUACCAGUCAUGGCACAUGGGUUGUUUUGGAUCCAUUAAUUCACAGAAUUUGUAUCAAGUGACUUAUGCUUCGUUUGGUGCUGAUAAGAUUCCAUCCAGAGUGGGGGAUAAAGAAAAUGGCACACUCACAUGAAGACACUUUGGAGAGUCUUGUGCCAUUUCAAAACAUCUCAACAGCAUUGUUUUAUGAAGAAAGUGUUUAAAGUAGGUCUUUCUAGAACAGGAAAAGACAACUGAAAAAAUACUGUAACAGGCUUUCAUGUAUUUUUAGAAAGGAGAACAAUGGUCAUUUAUUUCUGUCAGCUAUCAAAGCAAAGGGUAAAAAGAUGAUAUAUUGAAAACUUAUUUUUAGGUUGGAGAACAUGGAGAGGGACACCUAGACAUCUCUGUUGCUGAGCUGAAGAAAAACGUGUAUAUCACAUAUACCUAGAACAGACUCAGCUCUUGUCAGAAGAGAAAGGUGGGAUUGGUAAAUUUUGCUGUCUGGCCUAGCCCUUAUUUUUCUCUGUUUUAUACAGAAGGGAAAAAACCCCAUAAAUAUACAAAAAUAUAUCAAAGCAUUAAGUGACUGUAAUGCAACUUAUUACAAAAUGAACAAUGUUUUGGGUGCAGUGGGAAGGACAAAGGGAAGAAGAGUGUUAAUGCAGCCAUUGCCAGGGUUCCGACUGGGAAUCAUGCCAACUCCUAUUUCUACCCUCGCUGUAUUCCUGAUGAGGUAAAACUACCUAUGCAGAUAAAUUAGAUAUGUGUAGCUUUACCCCUGUAUUGAUCAGGGCAUAGAUAUGUUGUAUUUUCAAGGUCACAUCUUUCUUGCAGUUUUAGCUAUUUGCAAAGUCACCUACUGAAAAUAAUGAAAAUAUCUACUAAAUUGGAGAGAUGCUCAUUAAGAGCAGAGUGGGUAUAAUAACUUAGAUAAACUGGCUGGUAGCAGUUUAGGUAAUAAAGCUCUCUUAAAAAUGGUACACGGUACAAAACCUGUUUUCUGGCCUUUACAUCUGACACUUUUGUGAUGUGUUCAGGAAGUUUGAGCAGUCUUGGUUGAGUAUGAAGUCUUUUCACGUAUGUUCAUUUUUCAUUGUAUGUCCAUCAGUGAAACUUCCUUUAGGUCCUUUUACAAUGAUGGUUUUGUGUGUUCUACUUCAUUUUAAAUUAAAGCUGGAUUGCUGUCUAAAACUUUAUAGGGGCUACCUCAACAGAAGCACUUACUCUGAUGAUGUUCCAGUUGCAGAGAAAAAGGAAUAAAGCUCACCCAGGAAAGAAGGCUCGAGGGGAGAAGCUUUUGUAAAACUGUGUGAUACUUACGGCUCUUGUAGGCAUUUUUAUCACGAUGAGAAUGUUGAAUUGCAAUUGCAGAUAAUCUUUGACUCAAAAUAUUUUGAAAAAUAUGUAUGCUUUCCUUAAAGUGACAAUUGGUUGUGGUCAGCUGCACUGCACUUUGGCUAAAUGGAAUGGAUAUGCUAAGCAUCUCAGAAUGCAGCUUUGGAACAUAUUGUGUGCAGCUAAGGUGAAAAAAACAUGGGCUGAGUAACUUUAAUAUGUAGUUUUCAUGGAAAAUAUUAAUUCUGUAGGAAGCCAAUGCUAGUUUGAUCUUUAAUGCACUAUUCUAAUAGAGGUGUUUGCUCAACAGCUGUAAAUAUUUAAGGCAACAACAAUUCAUGAUGACACUGAGAAUAUUUCAAUUCACUUUAUUCGUCCAUUUAAAGUGUUCACUGUACAUAUGAAAGUUUCUGUGUUUUAAACUAUUCCUCCUUUGUGUACACUUACCAGCUGUACGGUGGUUUCUCAGUACUAAUGAAGUUAUUGCUUUUAUUUUGCUCUGAAAAAAACAAUCCAUUAGACUCUUUGUAUUAAAUACAUUGCAUUCUUUGUAGUACCUGAUUUCUGUCCAAUACGGCAGUAUUUGGGGGGUUGCUUUACAGUUCACUUGCUGUGGGUUUUGUAGUACAGCAUUCCUCAGACUGGAUAUUUUCAUCAGGUCAGUCUAGUUUUUUUAAAAAUAAGUUACUAUUGUGUUAAUAUUCUCACAACUUGCUCUUUCACCUCUGUAUCAGGGUGAUGCAACAGAGAUGCCAAUUUCUG